AGAGAAUUGACCAAUAACAGCGCUGACAUUUGUGUUUUGAACGAAACGCGGUUUAUGCCUGUGUCCAGCAGGUUUGUUUGUGUACGUCACAGCACUUUUGCUUCUCUUGGAUACAUUUGUUUGUGCAUGUUUGGAAGUUGCACAAGUGAGUUCUGCGCUUCAUGAGUAAUGUCCUCCAGGAACGUGAUUUCUACUGGGGAAGGCUUGCCCUCCAGUAGACAUGGAGAGCGAACCCCUUUGCGGAGUCUGGGCAAUGACAUGCAGUACUUGUCAACUCCAUCUCAUCAAACGAAAUCGAAAUCACUGCUCAGUGUGGAUGACUUAAAUACAGCACAAGGUGACGUUCCUCUCUUUGACUCUGGGUCACACAUGCACUCUCCAGCCAAAGAUGAAAUCGAAAAUAAUGCUCCUGUGAAUGACACCAGAGCUGCUGAAGAUACGUGUGAACUUAGAGAUGUAACACUUAAAUCCUUCCUCUUUACUGGUAGUGAGGUUGAAAUUUCAGACCCUUCAGCGUGUGCAGAGGAGAGUUUUGUUUUGGCAAAUGAUCAAGUGAUUAAAAACACUUGUGAAAAAGAAGAUACGGUCGGGUCCAUUAGCAUGAUCAUGCAGUCAUGCAGUGAGCAUAUAGAACAUCCUUACCACAAAGCUGAGAUUCAAGAUGUUUCUCUGGUUGACAAAAAUACAGCAUGCCUCCAUGAAACCCCCAGCACAACCGUGGAUUCUGAGUUAGAUGACAAAUGCACCUCACAAGAUUCUGAAGAUUUUCAAAAUGACUGCUGUGGAGAGACACACACCACCUGGAAAUCUCUCAUCUCUGAUGGAGGUGAGGUCGAAAUAUCACAAGUUACCAUGCUACAAAGCAAUAUAAUUCCUGUGCCAAGGCCGCAACUCCCUGACUCUUCGCAAGAUAAUUUAAAUUCACUUAACCUUGCUGACUGUGACCAACUGUACCAAGCUGAUCAUGCUAGUAAUUUAUACUCUAGCCGGAAUGGUAUUUCUGUCAUCUCCACCUUGUCUGAGAGCCCUAAUUCUUCUGACAAGGGUGUCAAUGUCCUGAGCAAUGUAACCUUUAAGUCAUUUAACUGCACUGGAGGUGAGAUUGAAAUAUUAGAUGGCACCAAACUUGGAGAAGAGACUGUUCCCCUACCAGUCAACCACAUUGACACAUGCAGUUAUGAUGUAAAUGCAAGCAUUUUAGUUGGCGAUCAUGCUCUCCCAAACUGCAAAGAUCAUUCAGAUCAUCCAUAUUGUAAUAUUGAAAAUAAUUCAACUAGUCAAAAUGGAAAAAAUUCAACUGCCCUGGAAACAUUGCAGCACAUCUCUGAUGUUAUGGAUGAGGUGGAACGAAGCAGCUCAGUGGUAUUGAAUAACCAUACUGGCACACUUGAUAGAGGUUUAGUUGACUCAGCUGGACAUGAGGUUGAAAAUUCUGAGUGUGCCCAUUUGAUUGAGAAGACUUCCCCACUUAGCAAAGACAAGACUGUGUUGCCCCCUUAUACCGAUGUAGUACCUAUUUGUGUCGCAAAAGGCCACAUUCAAGAGGACUGCAACCAACCCAGCUGUCAUGCAGGAAAGGAGGAUAAUGAGGAUAUGCAAGAAACAUCAAAGUAUUUCUUAUAUACUGAGGACAGUUGCUUACCUUUUGUAGGGUGUCCCACACCCGUGGAAGUACCUGAAGAUCUAAAAAAUUCAGAUUCCUGUGAAACCUCUCCUGAAUCCACUGAAGGAAAAGACAGUGCCCUUGGUUCAACCGGCAAUGGACCUGUUUGCAUUUCUGAAGAAAAACCUAGUUCAGAGAACCUCGGUGAUGUUUUGAAAGUGCUGUCAGAGUGUCCCUCAGUAGCAUCGGCUUUGCAGUUAGAAGUCCUCAGUCCAAUUUUGAGACGAGUCUCUCUGUCAACACAAAAGGCGAAAAGCGAUCCCAUUUUUGACCAGUUUUUAGGUGAUGAUUCAGCUCUUCAUGUUGAUAAAACCUUUGCUGCUCCCAGUAAACUCUACCCUGCUGGGUUAUGGGCAGAACAGUUGGAAAGUCCCAUGCCUCGACCACUUUUCAACUCUACAGCACUUGGUUGCAAUCCCCGGUCAGUCCCAACUACUGAGACAGAUGAUGUGCAUGGGCCCCUGGUCAUGCCUCAGUCUAAAGUGGAAAAGCCAGGUCUGGAUAUCCCAGUGAUACAAGAUGGACCUCUUCAACAGCAGCUACGGCAGAUGGCAGAGUUUCUCAUGUUGGCAUUGGGAACGGUGCAUCCCACUGCCGUAUCUGCUUCAUCAGCAAGACCUAAUCCAGUUGAAACUCAAAGUGUUUGUGUGGGCACCACCUCUGUGCGAAUGGUAGACCACAGCCUCAACACAUCAGGCCAAUUUGAAAGGAAGAGGGAGUUCUCUGUGGCUGAUUCCUGCACCCUUACUGACCCGCUCCUAUGGAAUGUACCUCCAGGCAGCCUCGAAUGUCUUCCUAGACAAGAGCUGGAGCAGAGGUUGGCUUCUAGUAUGAUCAUGGUGGAGGCUCUGGUGCAGCAGCUGGCUGCAGCUAGAGUACCCAGAUGCCCCUCAGCAGGCCCUGCACCUUCAGAGCUCAGGGAGAAACUAGUGCAGACAGACCACACUGAGCUCAAUCAGACAACAAUGUACAGAGACCUUUAUAUGGAGGCUCUGAGCAGGAUUAGCCAGUUGGAGCUGGAUGGACAUUUACAACAAAACCUAAUUCAGAGUUUGCAGGACAUGAGGGUCACCAUGACGUCUUUGAGUAGUGACACCGAAGCUGCUCUAUCCAACAUAUUGCAGAUAGGUGACUUUACCAGAGGAGACCAUCAAAGCCUCGUUUCACAUUAUGGCCAGAUGAAGUCUCUCUUAAAGAAAACAAAGGAGACACAGAAAGGAAUGGUACAGAAGGUCAAAGAUGCUCUUCAACAGAGAAAUGACAUGAAGACACAGAUGGAGGAAGCCUUCACAGCCAAGGAGGCGGCUUUCAGUGCGAUGGGACAACUGAGGACACAUUGUGCCACACAGAUCUCAGAGCUAGAGACGUGUGUGGGGUCUCAGCAAGAACUCUUGGCUGCCUUGAACCAGGCACACCCAGAAGAGAUUGCAUUAAACCAGGCCUUCAAUGAAACACUAAACGUUGCCUCUGAUCUUUUAAAUCAAACCAUGAAGGACCAUUCCAGUUUAAUGAACGAACUUUGUACUGUAAAAGGUCUUGUUAAGAAAACUGCCCCGAUGCUUGUAAACCUGAAGGAGAAGGCAGCAGCAGCUUUGAGAGAGAGAGAUGAGCAUGCAUCUGCCAGAGAACAAGCCAUCGAAGAGAGAGAGCAGAUGGAGGAAGAAUUGAACCAAGCUAACAUGGAUCUCCAAACUGCCAGAGAACAAAUCUGUGAUUUAAAUCUCCAGGUGACAAUUCUCACCUCAGAGAUGGGCGUGCUGCGACAGAAGCUAACGGAACAUGAAGAAGAACGUGGUCAGCUGGAGAGGAAGGUGACAGAGCUGUCUGCUACUGUUUCCUCCUCUUUGGCCUCCUACACCUUUUUGGAGCAAGCGCUUGCUUCAGAGACUACAAAAUUGCAGCAGUCAUGGAAGGACGUCCAACAAGCCAAGGACAGAGCGAAUGAGUUUGAGAUGUCACUGGGUCAGUCAGAGCAGCGUGUUUCUGAGUUGAGUCAGUCUCUGGUUCAGAGCGAAGAGCAGCUCAGACAGCUGCAAACGCUCUCACAAGCCCAGAAAGAGCAGAUCCAGCAGCUCCAAGAUCUUUGCAAGCAGCUCAGUGGUGUGCAAGAAAUGAAUGAGUUCUUGCAGAUGGAAAAUGAACUGGCAAGGGAGCAGAUGUCUGAAAGUGAGCAUAUGCUGAGGGCUAAUCUGCAGGGACUCCGAGAGAGAAACAUCGAAUGUGAAGACCUAAGAGGCGAACUUGGUCAACUUCAGCUUCAGAAUAGAAAGUUGCAAGAGCAGCUGGAAGCCACAAGGUGUCGAGGCAGGGCGACUCAGCUGGAGCUUGAAGAGAAGCUAUCUCAGACAGUCACUGACAUCACUUUGCUGCAUCACACACUGCGAGGACUGACCAAUGAACUUCAGGCAGCUCUUUGUGACCAGAAACCAGAAGCAUCAAAGGACGUACACAUAGUAGAGCGCCGUCACCCCUCUAGCUCUUUGGUGGACAGUGUUAUAGUUGCGUUGACUAAUAAGGAGGAGGACAUUGUCAACACAGGGAUCCUUCCUGAACCAGACAUUCCCAAGCCACAGUGUGAAGCGUUGUUUAGCGAGACAAGCGCCUUUACCCGCAUCGCAGUCAUCACCCCUAAAAAGAAUGUCAAUGCGGUAGAGCUUGGACCAGAGGAGGAUGAGCACACAAGUGCGGCGGAGCUGCUGGCUGACCUGAGCAGCACCGUCGCAGAGCUGGUCGACACCGUGAACCUGGUGCGACAGCGUAAGGACGCUCAGCUGGAAGAGCUGCACAGCAACAUCUGUGGCCUGCAGAGGGAGCAGCAGGCUGCUAACAGCAGACACGAGGCUGAAGUAUUUGGGCUUAAGCAUCAGCUUCAACAGCUAAACAGCCUGGUUGAGAAGGGCCAGCAGGCGCUGCAGCAAAAGGCUCAGGAUGAAAAAACUGUGGCAAAGCUGAUGGCAGACCUAAAAGAGACCCAUGAAAUUCUAAAUAAACACAAGACUGACAGUAACGAAUUGAUGAUGGAGGUGGCAGAGCUACGUCGUUCUCUGCAGCAGUCGAAAGUGGAGUCUCAGUUCCUGCGCAAGGAGUUGAUAAAAACGGGCGGCCAGUCGGCUACACCAGCGCAAUUCAUGGAGGAGAAGAUCCAGUUAUUAAAAGAGAUGGAGAGACUGAAGUUGAGUCUUUGUGAGGUGGAGCAGGCCAGAGUGAAACUACUUGAAAGAGCGAAGAGACACCAAAUGAUCCAUCAGACCAACCAGCUGAAAAGUGAGACGGAGCUCCAGAUGUUGAACAACAUGAUCAAUAACGUCAGAAAGACUCUGCUGUCUUUACCUGAGGGUGUGAAGAAUUGUGAACAAAUCAGACAGCUUGUUGAGUACCUUGGCUAAAAGUUGUAUUUUUCUUGUAUAUGUUUAUAUGUUUGUAUUUAUAGCUGUGCUAUGUUUAAGCUUGUUUGGCCUUUAGAAUUUUAAUAUUAAAUGUUGAAUGUGAA